AGCAUAUUUUGUACAGCACUGUGAAUGUUAAGGGUUGUGUGUCAAGAUGAAGAGACUUCUCAAGAUGAAAAUUCCUUCUAUACCUCCUUUUUGCUGAAACUCAUCUUAAGACACUAGAGGAGCCAAGACAGCAGAGUAUUUAUUGAUUAUAGUACUGUAAGUGGGAGUAGAUAGUUAUUUUUCCUUUUGUGGCUCGAUUUGGAUUAUUUAAUUUUUUGUGUGUUUUCUGAAAGACCCACAACUGCCAGAUGGGUCUUCCCAAAGCAAAUGGGUCUUCCCAAGAGACAUGCCACAGAAAACUCUUCCUCUCUUUCCUUACUGCCCUACGUAUUGACAUCAAUGGAUGGGCAAAAAUAAAAUCACUAAUGACUUUAUGAUGAAGAUACAAAUGGCAUCAAAAGCAGAUCUAUCUUAGUGUAGUGUAGUGUUGAUGUUUGUACUGCAGACUACUGUCAUUAACCCAGAUUCAGUGGUCGUGGUGAACCCUUGUGGAAAAUGUCCCAGUCAUCCCGGAUGUCUGCACCAGGGACUCUCUGAGGGGACUGGGAUGAUAACCAGAUAGCAGGCUGGACAAGGGUCAGAUGCAGAGGAACCACAGCUACAGACGAGAGAGGAGGGGAGAUACUUUGCCCUCUGAGGAGCAAAGGCACAUCGGGAGUGGAUGAGUACCCAUUGAACGUUCUUCAUUUUUUCCUAAAGAGAUUUUUACUUAAUAGCUCAGUUUAUCGUUGUGGAAUUUCUUUCUGUUAUACAAGGAGUUUGACAGAGAAAGAUAUUAAGUACAGUUACAAAGAGGAAAAAGUUAGUAUUUGGAUACCAAUAUACCACAGUAGGAGUGGAUGUUGGUGGAUAUAAUUUAUUUGUUUUUGGGGGAUCCUCCCGUCUCAGAUAUACAAGACUUAGAUCUUGUAAAGGACUCAAUGGCAGCUUGCAAUAAGACAGGCUGGAUGGGAGAGUCGGGUGCCAACCUCACUGCCAUGAUGCCAGGUGUGAGACCCAUACUAACCCCUGUUGUAUACACUUUCAUGACACCAGAAAUGAUGGGAUGGGUCCUGAGUGUGGCCUCUCUCCUCAUCAUCUCCACCAACCUACUGGUGGUGGCUGCUCUCUUUCAGUUGAUGCGCAGGAAGGGCAGUCAGAGCUGGUGCUUCGUGCUCAACCUGGCCCUGGCAGAUAUCCUGGUGGGCCUGGCUAUCACUGGCAUUGUCACAGACGUGUUUCAAAAUUACAAUACCGUGAACAAUGGAACUAUUCCAAUUACUCAACCGCUACUCCUGAUGCACUCCACACAGAAGACCAAGUGUUUACUCCGCAUGGCCUUCAUCAUCUCCCCCUCAACGGCGUCCAUCUUGUCCAUGUUUCUGAUCUCUCUGGACCGCUACGUGGCCAUCAAGCUGCCGCUGCGCUACUCCCAGCUCACUGGGAGGUGGACCGUGACUGGGGCCCUGGUAGCACUCUGGAUGGUAUCCCUCACUGUUGGCUUCCUACCAGGUGGAACAACUAACCUCAAUUAUCUUAUUUCAGAGGGGACACAUGUCCCUAACAACAGGGUUACAUUUAAAUUCAGGGAGAUAAGCAUGGCAUGGCAGCUCCAGCAGGGAGACUUUGAAAGCAGCAGCCUUUGCACCUUCUUCUCUGUCAUCCGUCCCAAGGGCAUCAUUGUGGUGUUCUGUGCCGUCUUCUUCCCCGUCCUCUCUGUCUUCACCUACUUCUACCUGGACAUUCUGAAGAUAGCUUGCGGCCAUCAGAGGCAGAUCCGCCAGGCCCGUCAGGCCGGCUCCAGGCUGCCCCAGCGCAGCCGCUACUGGGGCCACGUCAAGGCCCUGAGGACCGUGGCUCUGCUGGUGGGCUGUUUCACCCUCUGCUGGUGCCCAUUUUUUGUGGUGUGUGCAGUGCAGGUGCUGUGUGAGGACUGUGAGCUGUACAAGGUGCUGGAGAAUGACCUGUGGCUGCUGGGGCUGUCCAACUCCCUCAUCAACCCUCUGGUGUACGCCUGCUGGCAGAGGGAGGUGCGGCUGCAGAUCGGGGCCCUUUUCUGCUGCGUUAAGGACAGGGUCAGGAACACAGCCGUGUUAGAGGCUAGUGAGAGAUGUCAGACAGAGCUGCGUAUACCCACUCAUACUGUUAUAUAUGUGGAUGAUGCCAUGAGCCUGGACCCCACCUUUCCCACGGUCACCAGUGAAGAGGGCCACACUGUACCGUUUUCUGCCUCAACCCCCUUGUGAAUGACUUAGACAUUUUGAGAACAACUCAUUGAGGUUGAUCGAACCAAUUUGGAAAAUGCUUACUGUGGCAGCUUAGAGCUUUUUCCAUUUCUGGCAGAAACCGUUCACGUCACAUGUCUAGCGACAGCGACUAACUGUCAAAAACAAUCAAAUGGGGAAAAAAUAACAGAGUGAGAUAAUGGAUGUGGAGACAUCAUAGAACCUAAACCAUGGAACAGAUGGGCUUAUUUGCUUUUUUUGCUCUGUU